AUCCCGCGACAAACACAACCAAAACAGAUGACUGCUCCCCGGCAGCUGAACUUGUUGGAUAACUUUAAAGUAAGGAGCGCAUGAAACGAUGCUGCAGCCAGAAGUGGUCCAACGUUUGACUGCGGGAGAUGUUUCGGUUAGAAGCUGCCAUGAAGAGAGUCUGACAGGCGACUCGGAGCAGCAGCAGCAGCAGCGGAGGCAGACUGAGGAGGGAAACCCGUUCAGCUUCACCCCGCAGCGCCUCCACCUGCACCGGGACCACGAGCUGUUUGAGGAUGGAGACAUUCAGAGGCACAUGUACCUGCAAGACCUCUACAUCUCGGAGGCAGAAGACAAGCCAACCCUCAGUGUGUCAGAGUUCGCCUGUCACAUCUCAGGCUGCAGUUCAAUCUUCAGCACGCUGGAGGAGUAUGAACACCACUAUAACUCCCUCCACCGACAUGUGUGCUGUUCAUGCCGUCGCUCUCUGCCAAGUGCCCGGCUCCUGGACAUUCACAUUCAGGAGUGGCACGACUCUCUCUUUACUAUCCUCGCCCAGAGGCAAGACAUGUACCAGUGUUUGGUGGAGGGCUGUGGACAGAAGUUCAGGACUAGUAAACACAGAAAAGACCAUCUAAUACGAAUUCACAAGUAUCCUCCGGACUUCAGGUUUGACAAAACCAAGAAGGACAGAGGAACCCGAGAGACGAAGACACAGCAGCAGAAGGAUGCAGCCAUGGAAGUAGUGGACGAUGUGUGCGAGUCCGAGGGUGUGUGUGAGGUUAUGUGUAAUGUGCUGUCAGACCAGCCCGAGCAAGAGGAAUCCAUGGAGACACAUGUGUCUGAGGAAGAAGCUGUUCGCAUGGCAAAGCCGGCCUCGACCGAGGAGCUUUCUGCCUCAGCUCAGGGCUCAGAAAGUACAAGCAGCGCGCCACCAAAACCACAAUACUCCUACAGGGUUCCUUCAGCCGUAUGCUUCGGUCAUGGCUCCGUCCGAGGCUUCAGAGGACGGCGGGGAAGGAGGAAAUGAAAAACCAGAAUGGAAUCUUUUGUAUACUGUUCUAUAAGAUUUACAACUUUAUACCCUUUCAACAAAAUAUAUUUACUGUCAUAGGUGUCCUUAACUUAAAAUAAAAGUUUUUGGUUUUUUUUGCCAAAAAAGAGAGAUAUGUGCAUAGAAAUUAAUUUAGGUUAAGACUGUUGGUUAGUCUUUUUGUGCUACAAGGCUCCCAUCUCACUUAUCUCCCCUGUCAGCAGACACAACCAGCUGUAGUGGUGAAAAAUAGUGUUGUUGCGUCAGGUUCCAAGGAAAGUUACAAAGUGCACUGUAUGGGAUGUGGUUGACCCAGUUUACUCUGGUGGAAAGUUUGACUUAAAAUUCAAAAGGUUGUGAUCAGUCAGUAGUUUUGUGAGGACAAAAAAAAAUGAGAGAAAUAUCAGAAUUUACAUAAUAGACUUUAAUAAUUGUACAAAACACAUGUUCACCCAUGAAAUAUAAAAUACACUGUACAAUAAUGACUGAUGCCAGUCCAUCAGUCACGUUUAGCACUUUGAGGGUUUGCAAAAAUAGCCGAGGACUUUUAUCUACAUUUAGUAAUGGAACAGGUCUUGCAAAGUUCUUUUACCAUCUGUGCAAAAACAUUCUCCGUUUGAGGUAAUGACAAGAGUAAAGCAGAUUUAUAGUUGAUUUGUAAAUGAGGAAAUCUGUCAACAAGUCGGAAACAAAGAAAUUGUGUGUGGCGAUUGUUAUAAUAAAUUCACGAGGAAGGUUCUUCUGGUUUAGUUGAAUCACUGCAGCACUUAAGAGCUAAAGCGCAAAAGGUAAACAGUUUUCAAUAUACAAAAAAAUUACAGACAAUUUAAUUACAACAGCAACUAAAAGGCACAAAUGAGCGCUUCAGAUUUUGUUCCAUGAUAGUUGUUUGGUGGAUGUUGGAUGUGUUAUUGCUUGCGAAGACCCGCAUAUUUUAAAUAUGGACAUACUUGAACUGUAUCUACAUUUGUGUGCUUUUAGUUGAAUGACGGUGAAGCUGGAGAUGAAAGGGGUUCUGUACCAAUGAGGCUUUUUUCUUUCUCUUUAACUUAUAAAAAAAUCCUGACUGGGCUGUAUUAGUCUUAUCUAAGUCCCUCAGAUUAUUCAAAAGGAGUUUUGGGGCCUCGCUCAGUGGGGGAUUAAAUUGUUAAUAACGUCCACAAAUCCAAUGAAACAAACUAUUAACAGUCAUCACUUUCAGAUCUCUGAAAAGUUAAAGUGGAAAAGUGUGAAGUUAUUUGUGGUUUGUUUCGCAAUAAACUACAGUUCCUGUAUUUUUUAGCAAUAAGGAAACAUGUCAGCCAGUGCAACUAUGUGGCCCAAUGAUGUGUUUCCUAACAGCUUUUGGACAAUAGAGCUCUGAGAAAUAUUUUUAACCCACCCCUAAAAGUUUUCCUUUAAAUAUACCAUUGAUGCUUCUCUGUGUUUUCUAUACCCCUAAAAUUAAAUUACAACUGUCCUGUAAAUGUGAGUAAUUUCCAAAGGCCUCUAGAUUGGAAUUUAAAA